AUGCAUGCUGGGGUGCUGGAGCCGGCAUACACGUGGGACCACUACAUGGCCAGCCCGGACGCUACUGAUCGCGAAGGAAGGAACUUUACCACCAAAGCGAGGCGGGUGGUCGGGGAGUUGUGGCAUUUCUACAGGUGCGAGGAAGGCUAUGAGGCCCGGGUGAACGAGCGGGCUCACCAGGCUUGCUACAAGCUGGUGAAUGACAUGCACUACGAGACGCGUGUCCAGGCCGUCAUUGUGUACUGCGCCGAGUUCGAGAAGAGGAGUGUCAAGAAACCAGCCGCAAGGGACAUCUUUCUCACGCGAGACCAGUACUUAAGGGUGCCUCCGAACUGGUGCGCAAACAAGGCCGAGUGCUGGUCUAUGAUGGUGGACAAGUGGAUCAGCGAGGAUUGGGCCCGCCAGCACGCCUUAUGCCGGGAGCGCCGCUUGAUGAUGCCGGGUCCGGCACAUCAUCAAGGGAGCCUUAGCCUCGGCGAGUACAAGAAUACUUGGUCGGAGUCUCAUCCAGGCCAGUCUUGCAACGACUUCAUAGCGUACGCCAUGUCUCACAUGGGAAGGGCGACGUCGGACGUGGCCUACAACCCGGCGGCUCCACCAGAGGCCUACACAAACCCAAGCAUCCACGCGCGCAUCAAUGCAUACAAGGAGGUGGAAAGGGCGCUCCACGGGGAGACUUGGGAUCCGACCACCGCGCCACACUCCGGAGAAGCCAUCAUGAGGGCGGGAUAA